AUGCCAAGGUUUUACAAGAGACCCCCUGGGACAAAACCUUUAAGAGAAUAUAAUACAGACGAUUUAGAAAAGGCUGUGAAUGCAGUAAGAUGCGGAAAAUUACCUUUGCGUGCUGUUGCAGAAAAAUAUAAUAUUGACAAAAUGAAGAUUUUCCGAAAAAUCAAAAAUAUCCACCAAAAGCAGCAUGGUGGGCAGUCAACUGCAAGUGAGUUCCAUGGAGGAGUCUGUUUUGAAAAGUAG